ACAACCCUCACAUGACUUCGCUACAUUUAUAUAAAUAUAUCCACCCAUUCUCUUAUACUUACUUCCAGCAUUUAAUCUGAAUAGUUGUUCAUUUCUUUAACACCGAUAAAACAAACCCCUAAAAGCUAAGGGUGAGAUCUGAUAAUCUGCUGUUAAUCUCAAACCUCGAAUUUGUGUUGAAAUAUUUUUUUGUUUCAAAAUGUUUAACUUUCUGGCAAUUCUCUUGGUGGCUACAUGCGUUGUUGCAUAUCCAUUUGACACUAGCUCGUAUUUGGAUGAUGAAUGGGCCAUAUUCAAAAACGCAUUUAAUAAAAUUUACGAAACAGAAUCCGAGGAGUACUUCAGGCGACUUGUCUGGGAAAAGAACCAUUUGUUUGUUUUGGCACACAAUUCGGCUGCCAAACAAAAGAAAGUUCACUUUACUGUAGCCAUGAACAAAUAUGGUGACCGUACUCAGAAGGAAUUCCGUGAAACAAUGAAUGGUUAUAAAGGUUCCAGCAAAACCAAUUUGAAAAGUGCCUCAGUUGAUUCUGAUGAUGCCUUAGUUUAUUUGCCAAAGACAGUUGAUUGGAGGAAUGAAGGUUAUGUAACUCCUGUGAAAGACCAGAAAGAAUGUGGUUCUUGCUAUGCCUUUUCUUCAACUGGAUCCUUAGAAGGUCAACACUUCAAGAAAACAGGACGAUUGGUUUCACUCUCUGAGCAGAAUAUUGUUGACUGUUCUGGCCCAGAAGGUAAUAAUGGAUGCAAUGGUGGUUUGAUGGAUCAAGCUUUUCAAUAUAUUGAGGAAAAUGGUGGCAUUGAUACGGAGGCAGCUUAUCCUUAUGAAGCUGUUACCAAGGAAUGCCGUUUUGUCAAAAAUGGUACUGGUGCUACUGAUAUCGGAUUUCACGAUAUUGAAUCUGGCAGUGAAUAUCAAUUGCAGAAAGCUGUAUCUCACGUUGGUCCAAUUUCUGUUGCCAUCGAUGCUAGUGAUGUGCGAUUCCGCUUUUACAAAGAAGGUGUUUAUUACAAUUCUGAAUGCAGUGAUGAAAACCUUGACCACGGUGUUCUAGUUGUUGGUUAUGGAGUCGAUGAAAAAGAUGAAUCGGUCACUGAUUACUGGUUAGUUAAAAACAGUUGGGGAGAAUCUUGGGGUGAAGAAGGUUACAUCAAGAUGGCACGUAACAUGGACAAUAAUUGUGGAAUUGCAACAAAAGCCAGUUAUCCUCUUGUGUAAAAGAGACGACUGUUUUUAAGUACACACUCACAUUCACACAUGCAUGUAUAUACACACACACACACACACACACACACACACACACACACACACACACACACACACACACACACACACACACACACACACACACACACACACACACACACACACACUAGUCAGGAUUGGUAGAGUAUCAGAAAAAAAUACCUUGUGGUACUUCUGGUUAUCACUCUUUUACACCUGAGUUUUCACACACACAUACAGAGUAAAGCAUUGGACAAAAUGAUGCCCUUGCAUUUCGUCAUCAUUCUUUUACCAUUCUGGGUUCCUAACUUGUGUAGAAAAGAAAUGGAUUUGUAGAUAUGCACCUAUACAAACACACUAUUGGUGGAAUAUCAGAAAAAACCCCUAUUUUGGUUUUUUUAUUGUGACCUUGUUAUAGCGUGUGUGUGCGUAUAUGGGUGCCUAUAUUCAAAUCCUUUCUCGGAUCAACUUUUCCUUUCUUUCAUCGUUCCUUCCAUGGGACCAGUAUCAUUUGUACCUGUAUACAAUUUGCACCUGCGUGAAAAUACUGGAGUUGAUGUAAUCGACUGCACUUUGUUAAGAUGUCACCCCCCCAGCAUGGCUACAAGACCAUCGAGUGAAACCAGGAAAAUAACUUAGGAAAUCACAUAAGUAUACAGAAUACCCUCAUCACAGAAUCAGAUAGUAGGGAUGUAAAAAAAAACAACAAAAAACAAACAAGUAAACAAUAGUGCAACAACAAUAAAAACCAAGCACAAACACUCACUACUUAAAAGCCAUGAUUUUUUUUUGUAGUUUUUGCAUUUGAAACUGAGCUGUGUGAGAUUUAGAUAAUGACAAAACAUUUUCUUUUUAAACCCAAACAAUUAUUCCAGUGUAUAGAAUUUCCUGAUAAAUAUGAAUCUUAUAGUUUGUUGGAAUGUGAUUUCUAUUUUUAUAUUUAACUUUCGUUCUUUUUGAACUUGUCCAUUUUACUUUUUUUAAUAAAAAUAAAACUUAAAAAGAUA